AUGGUUUGGUUGGUUGGUUGGUUGGUUGGUUGGUUGGAUGGUUGGUUGGAUGGUUGGUUGGAUGGUUGGUUGGUUGGUUGGAUGGUUGGUUGGAUGGUUGGUUGGAUGGUUGGAUGGUUGGUUGGUUGGUUGGUUGGUUGGAUGGUUGGUUGGUUGGUUGGUUGGAUGGAAAGGCGAAAUCGAUUGAGAGAGAGAGAGAGGAGGAAAUUUGAGACAUAA